AUGGGAGGCCAACGGGACACGAGGCAAGUGGCAAACGAGGAGGAAGGGAUCCGCGAGGAAGUGGCAGAGGAACUGUUGAAGGCGACCGCGGAAGCAAAGGAGACGGCCGAGACGGCGACCAACGCGGCAGAGGAUGCGGUCGCAGGGGCCACUGGCAUUGCGCUGACGCCUGUCAACAAAGCCGCGGUGGCGAAGACCGAAGCGGUGUCCAAGGAGAUGGCGAUGACGACGGUGCUCCUGGCGGAUGUGUUCGCGCUGAAGCAUGUUGCCAGCAGCCUGCUGGGAGUGGCGGACGCGGCUUGCGCCCGGACGGUGGCCGGGUCCCAGUGGUUGCAGUCCUGCGCGAACCUGCUUGCGGAGAUGGGCCACAAGCCGGUCAUGCAGAAGGAGUGCGAGGGCUACAGGUUCGUGGCCAGCAAAGUCUACUACUCCUCCUUCUACGUGAUCGUGAACUUCAAGCUCGGGGACUACAACAUCCAG